UCCAGUGUUUGUUUAUCCCGAUUUGGAACGUCCCGUAAACUAGAAAUAUGGAGAGUGUUGAUGUACAUUUUUAUGACCGUUUUUUCGCAAGGAAUUACUCGUAAAAUGGUUGUCUUUUCGUAGCUGGUGAAGUUGUUUGAAUGAGUAAAAAGUGCAUCACAUUUGCUGAGGUUUGCGGGAAGUAUUACAGUGUUGAAAUGAUCGUCAAAUUAACAUGUUGAAAUCUGUGUUGGAGCUUCGGCUAUUGUAGUGUUUUAAAGGAUUAGGGAAAAGUUAAGCUAACAAUGCCUUUGCCCAAGAAAAUACCACAAAGUCUGGCCUCGAAAAGCUCGUGUGCUGGAAGGGUUUAUGUAAAUCGUUAUAAAGUUGUGAAAAGAAUUGGAAGCGGUAAUUUUGGGACGGUGUUUCUUGUUGAAGACUUAAAAGAUGAUAAAGACAUGAAAGUGUUGAAAGAGAUAUCUAUUGGCGAAUUAAAGGAGGACGAGACAUUUUCUGCUAAAAGAGAGGCUGAGAUGCUAUCACAGCUUGAGCAUCCAAACAUUGUAAAAUAUUUGAACAGUUUUGUUCAUAUGGAAUCUUUUUAUAUUGUAACAGAAUUUUGUGAGGGAGGUGAUUUAACUGAUAAAAUAAAGGCAUGGAAAAAAGCAGGAAAGACAUUUCAAGAAUCACUUAUCAUUGCAUGGCUCAUACAAUUGCUGUUAGCUAUUCAAUUCAUCCAUAAAAAAAAAAUUCUUCAUAGAGAUCUUAAAACAGGGAAUAUAUUUCUAAAGAACAACAUGAUCAAAAUUGGUGAUUUUGGAAUCUCAAGAGUACUUAUGGGGACGUCGGAAAUGGCAACAACAUUCGCAGGAACUCCGUAUUACAUGAGUCCAGAACUGUUAAAACACGAAGGAUAUAACUCCAAGUCUGAUAUUUGGUCCUUGGGUAUUGUCCUUUAUGAACUAUGUACAUUGGAUCGGCCUUAUAAAGGGGAGAACCUGAUGGGAAUCAUGUACAAGAUUCUUGAAGGGGAAACGCCGGCAUUGCCAGAAAACUUUCAUCCUGAGUUAAGAAAGUUGUAUAGUUGUAUGUUAAGCAAAGACCCAAUCCAAAGACCUUCUGCAUCAGAACUAUUAACAAACACUUUUAUAUCAAAACACGUAAAGGAAAUAAAAACAAAGAUUGAACAGCACAAUGCAGCCAACAGCAGCAAAGUGAGAGGAACAAAGGGAAUUUGCGAAAGUCAAUAUCAGUCUCCUCUGAAGAGACCAAUGACACCAAUGGAGAAGAUGAGAUUAAGAAAACAGGAGAAAGCCGACGCCGAAGCUGAGAAAUUGAAACUGUACACAGCAAAACAGUUCGUGGAAAGUCGACAGCAAUUUUCACAUGUGAAGAAAAAACAGUCUCGCGUAUCCGUGGGACUCCCUUGGGUCGACGAACAUCCGGAUGUGUUCGGUGAGUUGGCGGAGAUUUCCGAAGAAGGCGCGGAGAGUCCAAGGUUAUCAGGGCUAAACGACAGGUCACGUGUAAUGAACGUGGUCAGCAGCAGCGGGGACAGUGGGCAUAUUGCAAGCGAUCAAGAGGAGGAGGAGGAGGAGACUCGGGACGAGAUUGAAGACACCCUUUCGAGCGAAGAACACGAGCUCACGCUAACAAACGUCACGACGAUUCCUGAAGAUAUGCUGGAGGCAGAUACGUAUUACUCUCAGUUUGACGAUGAAUUCGAGGACGACGAGGACCACGGUGACAGUGGUGGAUCCGAAGGGACAGACGAGGACGACGAACAUCACGCACUGAUCAACCAGCUACAGGCAGCCCUGGAACUCGAUACACAGGAAACCCUUGUCGAGGACGACACUAUGGAAGAAAGAUCCUCUCAAACGUUACGGCAGCAAAGGAUUUUAGCUUUAAAACAAGAAUGCAUCAAGAUGCUAGGUGAGAAGACUUUUAAGAAGGUCUACGCAUACUUGAAGGAGGUUCGGUUUGAUGCGGAGGAAACAGUGAACGAGCAAUCGAUCUUUGAAGGUCUUGGAAAAUUUGUAGCUCAUCCAACUGACUGCUUUCUCGUUGAUCAACUUUUGUUCUUGGAGAAACAAAUGGAGAUUUCCGCAAGUGUCCAGUAUGAGUAAAGAGUUUAGUUGAAGGGAAGUGUGAAUCACCAGUUUAAUGGUGUCGCUUGGUAGCUUGGCCCAAAACAAUCCUCCAAAAUCCAAAGAAGAAAAUAAAUUUCUUUUUAGCCACAAUCAGAAACAGGAUAACGCUGUAGAUUUUUAAAAGGUGGACAGCUAGGAAACAUUGAUCCAUUUUCUGAAGUUGGACAAACCAGGAAAGAUUGCUUCCUUGCAAUAUUUGUAGAAGGUGGAACUAAUCCAUAGGACUAAUCCAGCAUUUCCACAAGCACUUUUCACCUUGCUUACGGCCAUGUUAGUUUUCAACCUGGAAUUUUGUACUAAUUUUUAAACUUUUUUAUUACUGUAUAGUGUAUACAUGAGACAAUCGACCCAACCACUGCCUGAAAAAGCGCUGAUCGCGAAAUAAGCGUACAAUAAAUAAAUAUGGUCUAAUUUUUUGGCGUUUUGUAAAUUACCACUGA